GUUUAUUCCUUCACUUGACAUAAGGGCUGCUGCUUGCUUUGACCGCUGCGUUGACCUCGUCGCUAGCGACCUGCUGCACAAUUCGUCUUUGCGUUGUUCCGGUCCGCACACAACGCGUUUUAGCAGCCGUAAUCCUUUCAGUCCGCGUCUAAAAGAGGAUCCAGCGACGGCACGGACCCGUCGGCAGCCGCGUGCAGGCCUUCGAACUCGUUGCAGCUGCAGCGUGGCCACCCAAAACGGCGCCUCGUGGCCACAUCAGUAGCCAUAAUCAGCUGGCUUGUGAUAGCGCAAGUGGCCGCUGGCAGUGCGGCUACAGCGCACCGCUAACACCCCGUCCGGGUGGUUGGCUGUCGCCACAUUUCAGCCCUUCAUCAGCCUGGAAGGCCAAGCUGACAGCCCCGGCGAGCAGAAAUGAGCACCAGAAAACCACCAACGCUGAUGCAAAACACAUCAUUCAAGCUGGCCAGUGCGGGCAAGCACAGUUCAAAGGUCCAUGCCUGGACGAAUCCCGCUUUCGAGGACAAGAGCAGGGCGUCGCCCGGCAAGCCGGGCACGGAUGCCCAAAUCACGGUCUUGCCAUCGAGGGAGCUGGAGAUGACAGAGGUGAUGUUCCCAAGCUAUAAGAAGAUGCUACGGCGCAUGUCCUACCAGGCCCUGGCGCUGUACGCGCUGAUCGUGGGCCACGUGAUGCUGACCGCCUACACCGACCCGAUGUACACCCGCUCGCCACUGACGCAAGUGAUCGUGUACACCGCCCAGGUGGGUCUGCUUGUGGCCAUCAUCAUGGCCUUCUUCGUGCUCACCAGUCAGACGCUGUACAUCCAGCUGGGGCGGUACGACCUGUACCUGCGUGAGUUCUGGUUCCUGUACAGCCUGUUCGUACUGGAUCUGGCGUUGUACAUUGCCAUCAAGGCCUACGCCACGGUGCUGCUGUACCAGCGUGUGAACCACCUGGCUCUGUGGCACGCCCCCGGCUACACGGCCCUGUGGACAGUGCAGCGCCUGGUGCUGCUGCUGUUCUGGGCGGCUGCGGCGUUCGCCUGCUACUCCGUGUUUGACCCGCGCUACUUUGACCCGGAACACCUCGUGGGACUGGAGCGGCAGGAGGAGGAGGAGGCGCGUGGUGUGAGCCACGGGGCACAGCGAUGAGGGCAGCGAUGAGGGCGGCUCGCAUUUACGGUAUUCAUUUGUUAUGUUUGGAACCGCCGCCUUAAGGUAGCUCAUAGCUAGCUAGCUAGCGUCAGCCGUGGGAUGUACGUGAGUGUGGCACGGCAGCGAGCGGCAGAUUGACGUUGGCACGGUCAUGGCAUGGAUUUGGUUGGGGCGCAGCAGCAGCAGCAGCAGAGCGGCCGUCGGCGGGCAUCCCAGCACAGCGUCAGGGAGGCCGUCUGCGGGCAGGGAGAGCUACAGCAGCAGCGGCAGCAGUAAUCGGGCAGGCGUAGCGUCAGCGAGUCGCAGCCGCGGAGGGCUACCUGGUGCCAAACGCCUCUGCUGCCAGCAUUUGCGGCUGCCAAACGCCUGCGGCUGCCAAAUGCUGCGCGGCGCUGGUGCCCACGGGGCGAGGCGCAAGGACCGGUGGAUGGAGCAGUGCUGCUGCUACCCGGCCCAGCCCAGCCCCGGCCCAGCUCCUGUGAAGCAUGAAGCAUGGAGAGGAGGGGAGACCCCUCCUGUGCGGCCUUGCCCGGCCCCGCUCCGGUGCGGUAUGGCGGGCGGCGCACAUCUGCAUGGCCAGAGAGUGGGUGUGCUGCUGAUGGGUGGCGCUUGCCCCCCGGGCGGCGGCGGCAGGACCCAGCCAGCAGCGACCGCCGCUAGCGGCACGUACGGCACGUACGGCACGUACGGCAGCGGCCCUCUACAUGCGUCGUGUGUGCAGCUACGUAGCACGUACGGACGUUUCUAACACCCUGUGGGCGUGCGCCAAGCUGGGGUACCGCGACUCAGCACUCCUGCUGCCGCUAGCGGAGGCGGCCGCAGCCCUUGCCGAUGUUAUGUGUGCGCCAGCUAGCGGCACGUACGGCACGUACGGUUCAUACGGCACGUACGGCAGCGGCCCUCUGCAUGCGUUGUGUGUACAGCUCUCCCGCUCUCUCUGUCACACACACACACACACACACA